GGAUCAUACCUGGAAACAGGAGUCAGCGUGGAAGGCAAGGAAACACAGACCAGGACAUAAAGCCUGGAAAGACGAUGGAGGGGCCAGACUGUAUGGGUGGUGAGGCUUACAAACUAAGUGUAAACAGUUACCCCGUUAAGAACCAGGCUCAGGAGCCAGUGACUGCCUGUGGGCUUUGCUGAAUAUUCUCUAAAGCCUUUUGGGGGAACCAGCCCCUAAGGAUAGUGCUGGCUCACUCUUCCUCCCCACUUGCCCCACUUGCACACUUCACUGGCUUCCCCUUUUUAACACAGUCCCAGAGUCCGGUAUUGGACAGGGGAGGAAAAGGUAAAGGAGAAUCUGUGUUCUGCAAAAGGAGAGGAAAUGAGAAGAGUCAUGACAGACUUGAAGAGCUCCUUGAUCCUUACAGCCUACAUCGUUAUCUUCCUCACUGGUCUCCCUAGCAACCUCCUGGCCCUACGUGCCUUCGUGGGGCGGGUCCGCCAGCCCCACCCUGCACCCGUUCACAUCCUUCUGCUCAGCCUGACACUGGCAGACCUCUUGCUACUGCUGCUGCUGCCCUUCAAGAUCAUUGAGGCUGCAUCUAACUUCCGCUGGAAUCUGCCUGAGGCAGUCUGUGCCAUCACGGGCUUUGGCUUCUACAGCAGCAUCUACUGCAGCACAUGGCUCCUGGCAGGCAUCAGCAUCGAGCGCUACCUGGGAGUGGCCUUCCCCGUGCAGUACAAGCUGUCUCGCCGGCCUUUGUAUGGAGUGAUUGCUGCUAUGAUCGCCUGGAUCAUGUCCUUUGGUCACUGCACCAUCGUGAUCAUCGUUCAGUACUUGAACACAACCAAGCCCACAAAUUCGAAUGAAAUCACCUGCUAUGAGAAUUUCACCCCAGAGCAGCUGGAUGUGGUGCUUCCUGUGCGGCUGGAGCUGUGCCUCGUCCUCUUCUUUAUCCCCAUGGCGGUCACCAUCUUCUGCUACUGGCGGUUUGUGUGGAUCAUGCUCACCCAGCCCCAUGUGGGGGCCCAGAGGCGGCGCCGGGCUGUGGGGCUGGCUGUCGUGACACUCCUUAAUUUCCUGGUGUGCUUCGGGCCUUAUAAUGUAUCCCACCUGGUGGGGUUUUACACAAAGAAAAGCCCCCCGUGGCGAGCGGAAGCUGUGGUACUCAGUUCCCUCAAUGCCAGUCUGGACCCCCUGCUUUUCUAUUUCUCUUCUUCGGAUGUCCGUAGAGCCUUUGGGAAAGGGCUUCAGAUACUGCGGCAUCAGGGCUCCUCCCUGCUGGGACGCAGAGGCAGAAAGACAGGGGAGAUGACAAACGGGGACAGGGGUGUGAGUCAAGCAGAGGGAGUACCGAGUUCUGACUUCACCACAGACUAGGAAUGUUCCUGUACCUUCAGAGGCCCUCGGGGCUACGUAUGAGUUGAGCAGCCUGGGAGAGGGAGAACAUGAGGGUUCUGUCCCAGAGUUCGGACUCCUCAGACCCCUUCCACUACUGGGACUGUAAACAUCUCUCUCAACAGCUUGGUAUCCCUUCCUGACUGAAUUUGCCUUCCCAAAGGAACACAGCUCUGAGACAAAAGAAGAAAUGGCUAGCCACAGAAGCACUAGCAGACUAACCUUUAGAAGUAAUGUAGCUGAUACAAAUUCAAGUCCUUGUGAGGUGGUCUAUCGCUUGGGGUGAUCAAGUGGAAACAGAGAGUCCUAAAGCAAUCUUGCCAUAAGCUUUGAAACAACACUUAGACACCACUCUAGCUGUUGAUGCUGGCAAGAAGCCAACAGGAAAGAGACUGAAAAGAAAUACCACAUGAGGUCAAAGAAAACUCAGGAAGAUUCUGAGCCAAGGGGGCCAGGAGGAAGGGCUGAGGGCUUAGCUCUCUAAUGAUCUAGGUUUGCACUGUACUUAUCUGACCUGCUGCUUUGUAAGUAAGCUCCAGUCAUCUUCACGUAUGUAUCUUGUCUGCCCCAUUAACUGGGAGCUGCCUGAAGUCUAGGUCUUGUCUUCUCCCUCCAUGGCACCCCACACAAGUCAGGACACAGUUUGGCACCCAUCAGUUAGAGCUCAACACUGUCUGGUACAGGAAAAGACAGCCUGGUCUGACAGAUUGAAAAUAAAGGUUAUAAAACUCUGAAA